CCAAGCCUCCGGAUCUCCCUGGAUCUCUUUCUCCUCCUCUUCCUCUCCGGACGCCAGGCUCCUCGGCACCCCGCCCCCGGGGUCCCCGCGGCGCCACACUCUGCCCUCACUUCAGAGGACCAUGGCCACCAUCCCAGACUGGAAGCUGCAGCUGCUAGCCCGACGCCGGCAGGAAGAGGCAGUGGUGCGUGGCCGGGAGAAGGCUGAGCGGGAACGUCUGUCCCAGAUGCCGGCCUGGAAGCGAGGAAUCCUGGAGCGUCGUCGGGCCAAGCUUGGCCUGUCCCCUGGGGAGCCUAGCCCGGUGCCUGGGACUGCAGAGGCUGGCCCUCCAGACCCAGAUGAGCCUGCUGUCCUUCUGGAAGCCAUCGGGCCAGUACACCAGAACCGAUUUAUCCGGCAGGAACGGCAACAGCAGCAGCAGCGGAAUGAAGAAAUGCUUUUGGACAGAAAGCCUGGUUCUCUGGAGGCCCGUGAGCGGAGACCCAACCCUGGGGAAAUGCGGGAUCAGAGCCCCAAGGGAAGAGAGUCCCGAGAAGACAGGCCAAAUCCCUGGGAGGCCAGGGAGAAGAGGCUGGGGACAGGCGUGGUCCAGGAGUCAAGUUCUAGGACUUUGGAGCCUCAGGACUUGAGGCAAAGCCCUGGAGAUGCGGGAGACAGGAACUCCCGGCUACCAGAGGUGCAGAAGUGGAGGCUGAGUCCCGGAGAGACUCAAGAGCGGAGCCUGAGACUGACUGAGGCUCAGGAGCCAAGCCCCGGGAGGAAGGAGGUGGUGGAAAACAGACUGAGCCCAGGGGAGGCCAACAACCUAGCAGAAUCCUCUACACGGAAGCUGGACGCGGGAGAGCCUCAGGAGCUGAGUGUGGGCCCACUGGAUGCACCAGAAUGGAGACCGAGUUCAGGAGAGGAAAAGAGAGGCUGCACAGACCCAGCUGGGAGAGAAGAACGGCCAGUGGCAGGAACCACCCCAGAAGAGCCCACAGCCUUGUCACCAGUCCCGGUCAGGGCAGUGGAGGCAGCAGAAUGGAGGCCCAGCCUGGUGGAGGAUGGUGAGAGGGGUUUGAGGCCCCCAGAAGGGUGCAAAUGGACCCUAAACUCUGGGAAGGCUCGAGAACGGACCCUCAGAGACAUAGAGACCCAGAGUCCGAAAUUAGAAGCGACGAUGGAGUCUGUGGCGAAGCACCUGGGCCCUGCUGGCGGGGUAGGGGCUGGAGAAGCAGAGGCAGAGGAUGAGGAGGCGGGGGCUCAGGGCAGGCCCGGGAGAGCCCUGCAGAACCUCUGCUCUGCGCCCGCCCCCCUUCCACCAGGGGAUGCUGGGACAGCAGGCCCUAGGCUGCAGGAAGAGGAAGCAGUGGGACUGAGGCCCCCAGCAGCAACCCCUCUGUCUCCCCCACCCCCAGCCCCAGCUGCUCCCCAGCCUCCUGGGGACCCCCUCAUGAGCCGGCUGUUCUAUGGGGUGAAGCCAGGGCCGGGGGUGGGGGCCCCCCGCCGCAGUGGACACACCUUCACCGUCAACCCCCGGAGGUCCCAGCCACCUGCUGCUGCCGCCCCGGCUGCUCCAGCUGCCCCAGUCACCGCGGAGGCUGCAGCCCCUGGGGCCGGGAAGAAGCGGUACCCUACUGCUGAGGAGAUCUUGGUGCUAGGGGGCUACCUCCGUCUCAGCCGCAGCUGCCUUGCCAAGGGGUCCCCGGAAAGACACCACAAACAGCUCAAGAUCUCCUUCAGCGAGACAGCCCUGGAGACCACCUAUCAAUACCCCUCUGAGAGUUCGGUACUGGAGGAGCUGGGCCCGGAGCCCGAGGCCCCCAGUGCUCCCACUGCAGCCCCUGUGGAUGAUGAAGAGGAUGAGGAGGAGCUGCUGCUACUGCAGCCUGGACUCCGUACCAAGGCCCUGAUUGUGGAUGAGUCCUGCCGGCGGUGACCCCUUCCAACACAGGGACUUUCCUCCCUCCUUCCUGCGCCUGAAGAUCCUGGAGCCCAGAAGAUUUGGAGCCUACAGAUCCUGAGAUCAUGCCUGGCAGGGAAGAGCAGCCAGUGUCUUCCUGCAUCCUGUGUCUGGGGGUCGAGGCAACUGCUCCAUUUCCACCCUAAGCCAUGGGCUGCAAUGUGUGUUGGGGCGGGGCAUGGCUCCACCACCCAGUGCAUCCUGCAAGAUGGAGAUGAAGCACUCCACACCAUCUCCGUGGCAGGGUACCCCCUCCCUGGAGACUCAGGGUUUACGCACUCACCUCCCUGGGAGGUCCCGACCCCUUCUCCCUACUGGCACGCCAAUCUGCCCUCCCCCACUGUGUUUACAGCUCCCACCUCCUCUCUUGACCCCCAGCCUGGUUUACAAAUCUCACCAGCCCCACCUGCCAAAGUCCUGGGUUUACAAGCCACGCCCACUUACUGUGUCCAUGUGGCAUCCUCUUGCCUGUCCCCUCUGUCACUUCACUGGGAAUGACAGGGGGAUGCUGCUUCCUCCACUCUUGCUCAGUAUUAUGUGUCUCAGUUUUCCCUAGAGGGGAAGCUGGGAAUCUUAGCUGUGGAUCCCAUGCGAGUGGCCUCACUCUGUUCCCUCUGGUGGGUCACAGCUGAGUGGGGUGACUACAGAGGCGCCUAACCUCUGCUCCCACUGCUCUUUAUUUUACCUGGCGGUUUUUAACUUUCCAUAAUAAACUGGAGUUCUCUCCA